ACGUGGGAGAAGCGGGCGCGGCCCCGAGCGGCACCGCGGGUGGGCGCGGGCACGGCGCGGGGAAAGCGGGAUGGGAAACGCUCCCGGAGCCCCCCCACCGGCCUCGGGGUAGCGCCCCGUGAGAGGCGGAGUCUGAAACGCGAGUUUUAGCUGUCCUAAUUGCCUCUACCUAUGCAGCAAUUCGCCUGGCUCUUGGCAAGACAUCUGAUACUGCACCAGCGAAAUACUCUGUCCUGCAACGAUACCGACAUAAAAGCUGGCUGUAAUAAAUUAAGCUUUUUAAAAAACUGUUAUUCCUGAAAAUGGAUUUUCAGUUUAAUUUUGCUGUUGAUGAAAAUGAGAACAGUGAGGCAGAUGCUCACUUCUUACUGCUGUGCUCUCCAAAAGACGAGCAGGAAUCUAGAGGAAAGAGCAGGGAAGCUGCCGAUACUGCAGCAGACUCCAGCCCGAAGCUGGCUGCUGCUAAGCACCAGGAGGAGGCAGCUUCGAAGAAAAAACUCUGUGUGAAAGCUGCCAAGGAGCACAGCAUUCCCGAAGAUCUCAACAAAGUAUUGGAAAAUAAAGUAAUGGAAACAGUACUGGACCUGUCUUAUGUAAAGCUGUCUGUAGUGGAAGUGACAUGUUCGGGUGAUGCUGACAGCGAAGGCAUCGUGUCCAAAAGUGUUUCUUCUCAUUCUGAUCUCAUCCCAGGAGUCUAUGAAGGAGGGCUGAAAAUCUGGGAAUGCACCUUUGAUCUCAUGGACUACUUUUCUGAGGCUGAAAUAGAAUUUGCCAACAAGACUGUACUGGAUCUUGGCUGUGGGGCUGGAUUGCUGGGAAUUGUUGCUUUGCAGGGUGAAGCUGCCAGAGUGCAUUUUCAGGACUACAACAGCACAGUGAUCGAUGAAAUAACUUUACCUAAUGUGGUGGCCAACUGUACCAGUGAAGGCAGGAGGAAGGACAGAAAAGCCAGCAAGCCUCCUUCCAAGAGGCCCAGGAAAGCAGAGGGCUCACCUGAUGUGCUCAACAGGUGCAGGUUUUUUUCUGGAGAGUGGUCUCAAGUCAGCCAGCUCCUGUUAAACAGCAACAAACCCUCUUCAAAGUAUGAUCUAAUUCUCACCUCUGAGACCAUCUAUAAUCCUGACUACUACAGUGCUCUGCAUGAUACACUGGCUCAGCUCUUGGAUAGAAAUGGCCGUGUGUAUUUGGCAAGCAAAGUGCAUUAUUUUGGAGUUGGUGGUGGUGUCUAUCUCUUUGAGAAAUUCAUUGAAGAGAAAAAUGUGUUUACAACCAGGAUGGUUAAAACAAUUGAUCAGGGUCUGCAGCGAUGCAUUAUGGAAAUUGCCUUUAAAAAUUCCUGUUAAAAUUAAACUACUAAUCCUCCAAAAAUAACUUUAAAAUGUUUUAAUCCUCAUGGCUCUUUGCUUUUUCCUCUGUAAUUCUGGCUUUGACAAAUUAAGGAUGGUGACUGUUGAAAUAUUUGACAAAUUCUGGUGUCCGACUAGAAGUGAGGGACUUUUCUGAUGUUCACUUUGCAUAGAGUUCUGCUUAAAGCAGCAUCUGUUAAUGAUAAUUAACAUACAUAAAGAUGAAGCAAUCUUUAUAUUCUUUAAGCAAUUGUCUCCAGCCAGGCUUUCACGUUCAGCACCAGAACUGUACAUCACAGGAAUGACAUACAUGACGUAUUGUGGCUGAGUAAGGUAAGUUUAGCUUCCAAAAUUAGUGCAAGAGGCUUUCUCAAGGGUUGGGCAGCCUAACUGCAGCAGAUUUAGGAAGGGAUCACACACCUCUGAGCUCUGCUGCUUUGCCAGCAGAGGGGGAUGUGAUUUUAUUUAUCACUCGUGUUCUACACUGCUGGGGAUCUCAGAAAUCCAUGUAGUAUUUCCAUGUGUAAUGCACACAUGACUUAUUCAAGCCUUUUAAAGAGUGUAACAAUAUUAACCACAGUGGUCUGCACAUUUUUACAUUCAGAUUCUGUCACAGGCUAAGAAAAUUUUCGGCAAGACAUUCAAAAAAGCCAUGCUGGUUUAAAGAAUAUUCUACACAAAAAAAGCUCCUUCUACCAACCAAUAAACCUACAAAUGAAAUACUGGAGAAUGAUAGAACUGAGCUUCAGGAGACAAUUGGAAAGGGAGAUAAACUGUGCUAUUACAUGUGUUUAACAGAUUGCUGUAUUAUUUUAACACUAUUUUUCCAGAAAUGAAUUGCCCAUUUUCAAAACUUGCUGGGGGUAUUACUGAACAUCUACACCUCUUCAAUUUUUUCACAGGACAGGAAGCACUCAGAAAAGCCUGCAAUACAAGGCAUUUUCCUAGGCUGAAGCUAGUGAUGUUGCUGAUGUUACCAAAAAUUCAAACAAACCCCCAAAGAACUACAAAACCUGGUCUUGAGUUCUCGCUGUUGCUGGCAAUUCAAACAAACAAAAAAAAAAAUCCAUGGCAUGUUUUGCCUUGGCCAAAACCAGACAGAAAGCUGUUAGCUGUUGUCAUCAUGCACUGCUUUAUCUGGUGCCCUUACAGAAAUAUAAACUUGGAGACAGUGACCACUGCAGUAAACUGGAUGCAAGGAUAUUCAGUGUAGAGCAGAAGGAACAAUAGCCUGAGGGGAUGGAAAGAAACUUAGUACAGCAGUGAUCUAAAAGUUUCCAUCACUGAAGAUGCUGAAAGUCAAUCCCAAGAUUCCUAUUUUGAACCUGCUGCCAUUAAGGUAGAGUUGUAAAGGAUUUCCUGUACUUGACAGAAGAGCCUUCACUACUGUUUCAGACUAUUUUAAAGAGAUACUUUGGAAACUACUGAUUUUAGCCUCUCAUAGGAUAGGAGAGAGGAAAAAAGUCAGUUUUGCCAUGACUGCCACAGUGCUUUGGAAUUUUUCUGCACUGACUCUGAAAUGAUUAUAAUUGCUGACUACAGAGUGAGGAACAAGAAAGUUUUAGCUCUGUCAA